AUUAAAAUACAAUUCUUAAGUUUUUUUUAUGUAGCGAGUGAAAUGUUAAUUUUUCUUUGACGCUUGGUUUUGUUGUGUUACAAUAUAAUUUUAAUUUAUCGAGAGAUGGAGGAUAUAAAUUUCUGGAUGUUCCUUGGUAUUAUGACAAUUUUUAGAUUCGUAAAUGGAUAUGAAAAGGAAAUGACAGUAUAUAUAGAAGCUGGCAGAAGAGAAUGCUUUUUCCAUCCCGUACGAAAUGGGGAAACUAUCGAUAUAGAAUAUCAAGUGAUUGAUGGUGGGCAUGGUGACUUAGAUAUAAGCUUUUCACUUCUGGAUCCCAUAGGAUUAGUAAUAGUAAGCGACUAUAAAAAACCGGAAAACAUACAUCGUCAUGAGGCAAAUAAAGAUGGAGAUUAUCGCUUUUGUUUUGAUAACGCUUUCAGUUCUUAUAAUCGAAAAACUGUGUUCUUUGAACUUAUCAUUGAGCAGGAAGGACAGUCAGCUUUUGAUAACGAUUGGGAUAAUGCUUCUACUUCUAAAACACCGGAGGAAUUAUAUGAUAUUCAAGUUCAUGAAAUCUUAGAAUAUGUUGGACGCGUUCACAUGCAAAUAGCAAAAGCUCAUCAAAUAUUAAAUAUGUUACGAUCGACAGAGGCACGAGACCGUAAUCUGGCGGAGGCUAAUUACUCUAAAGUAAAUAAAUGGUCACUCUUUCAAAUAUGUGCUAUGAUUUCGGUGGGACUUUUACAAGUAUUCAUGGUUCGAAGCAUAUUUGAUACAAAUACGCGAAUGAGCAAUUUCUGGAAAAAAUUGGGAAUGUGAUUCACAUCCUAACAUAUACGGUAUAUAAAACGAAUGGAAUAAAAUAAUAUGGGUGUAUGCCUUUACGAGAAAAUAUUCCGCCAUUUAAACCAAAGAAAAUAUUCCAACUUUUACGGAAUAACAUAUCAUACAUAUGUAUGAACAAUACUCAAUCUAACUUAAUAAUACUUGGAAUGUAAAUCUUACUUUAAGGCGAUCUAAAAACACAGCAAUUCAUAAAUAAUCAACCAACAGUUGGCUUAGUCUGUCGUAGUAAAAUUAAGAGUCUUAUUGUUAAAAAAUUUUCCUGUAUAAAUAAU